UCCUCCCGCAUCCCAUCAUCCUCGGCGGCACGGGGCACGCUGUUAGCUCGUUCGCUUUCUGCGCGCUCCCACGUUCAGACACAACACACACAGACAAGAUGGCUGACCUCGAUUCUUGGGACGCUGACAACUUCGAGCCGGACGAGCCGACCAAAAAAGCGGCAGUGCUGGACAAAUGGGAAGGCGAAGACGAGGAGGAAGACGUGAAGGAUAACUGGGAUGAUGAGGAGGAGGAGGAGGAGGAGGAGAAGAAGGAGGAUGAGAAAAAAACAGAAGUUAAAGUUUCAGAUAAGAAGAAAUUAAGUGAAAAAAUCAAAGAAAAAGAAAGUCUGCAAAGGAAGAAAAAAGAGGAGUUGAAGAAUAAGUUGGAGUCGGAGGAGAUCACGGAGCUCACGCCGGAAGAACAGCUGGAAGAACAGCUGGAAGAACAGCUGGAAGAAAAGCUGCGAGUGAAGAAGCUGCAGGAGGAAGCGGACCUGGAGCUGGCCAAGGAGGCCUUUGGUGUAUCUAAUAAUGUUGCAGGAAUAGAUUCCAUGAGCCCAUCAUCUAAAGAAGACUUUACAGAAUUUGGGAGGUUACUAAAGGAGAAGAUAUCUCAGUAUGAAAAGUCUGUGCAUUAUUGCAACUUUUUGGAUUCUUUGUUUCGUGAUCUUUGUAUUUCACUUGAGGUAGAGGACUUAAAGAAAAUCAGCAACUCCCUGACAGUGCUGCUCAGCGAAAAACAAAAGCAAGAAAAGCAGAACAAAGCAAAGAAGAAGAAAAAGGGGGUGGUGCCUGGCGGAGGUCUGAAAGCCAAUCUGAAGGACGACCUGGAUGACUACGGCCAUUUUGAUGGGGGCUAUGCCCAAGACUAUGAGGAUUUCAUGUGACGACGGCUGCUCUGCUGCCCUUCAGCCCAUCAGCCCUUUUCCCGAGACCCUCUGAUGUGCAGCAUGACUUCAUGCUGUUCAGUGCCAUCCUGGGAAAAACGAAACGUGUUACCCCCUUGAUUGUACUCUACCUUCAAGGGCCCGAAAGAGAGAAAACAAUCUGAUCUCUGUGGUUGUGUGUCCUGGUCAACACAUAGAACGCCCUUCUACAUAUUUAUGCUCCCCAAAAUAAAAUAAUCCUUAAUUUGAAGUUUAUAUUUUGAAUACAACUUCACUGGAGAGAAGAUGCGAUGUCUGCAGACGAUUACAUUUUGUUGAGCAGCAUUAUUUUCAAAUUCAGUUUUAAUUCUUUUAGAAAUGACCUGUGACAAUACCUGACAGUACUACUCUGGGACCUGCAAUUAUGUGGAAUUAAAUUUGUUCUAUGCAAAUUAAUUCAGAAUGUCUACUUUUUUCUUUCCUUGUGAUCAGUUUUUUCCCCUCAUGUGGAUGGAAUUUCUUAAUUAUUCAAUAUCUUCACAUGAACUUCUUUUGCCAAAUUUAAACCUGAUGCUGGUGUUUUAUUCCUUGAGCCUGUUCUAUUUAUUUUUCUUAAAUAGACACUACUUAUAAAUUUCUGAAAAUAGAAAUAUGAUGCGCUGGGGUAAAAUGCACAUUAAGAACCUCUUAACUGUCAGCAGAAUUAAAUGCAAUGUUACUAAGACCUGAUGUAGCUCUUAACAUGGCAGACUUGGUAGGGUUUCAUAAAUGAUGCAGGGAUAUGGAUUUUUUUGUGAACAAUUAUGGAAAAUCUGUUUUGUGCAUGAAUAACUCUACUUUAUGUUUAUAAUAAGGGGAGGGAAUGACAUACAUAUUGAAUGAACUUAGUCACCUUACAUGAGCUUAAAAAUUGGUUUUACAGAUGCCCCCCUCCCCCCUUCGCUAACGUUUCGAAGAAUUUGCUUUAAAGUAUUAACGGAAAAUGGAUGUUGACAAGUCAGUGUCUGCAGUGUUUUUUAAGCUUCUAAUUUAAUAAAAUCACUGUUCAAAAGGG